UCUUCUCCUAGUCACUCACCUAAACUCACAUCACCUGCGAAGAUGUCCUAUAACUGCUGCUCUGGAAUCUUCUCCUCCCGCUCCCUCCGGGACCACCUGCGCUACUCAGGCUCCUCCUGUGGCUCCUCCUUCCCCAGCAACCUGGUCUACAGCACUGACCUCUACUCUCCCAACUCCUGCCAGCUGGGCUCCUCUCUCUACAGCCAGGAGACCUGCUGUGAGCCCAUCAGGACCCAGACUGUGGUGUCCAGUCCCUGCCAGACGUGCUGCUACCGCCCGAGGACCUCCACGUUCUCCAGUCCCUGCCAGACGACUUUCCCUGGGUCUCUGGGCUAUAGGUCCAGCAGCUGCAGCUCCCUGAGCUCUGGAUCCAGAAGCUGCUACUCAGUGGGCUAUGGAGGCCGUGGCUUCAGACGAUUGGGUUAUGGAAUCUGUGGCUUCCCGGUCCUGAGCAGUGGAUCUGGAUUCUGCCGGCCAACCUUCUUUGCCUCCAGGAGUGGCCACUCUUCCUGUUACAGGCCAACCUGUGGAUCUGUCUUCUAUUGA